UGUGCAUGUGCAUCUAUGAGUGCAUGCAUCUCUGUGUGCACAUGUGUGCGAUCAUCUGUAUCUACAUGUGGAUGCAUGUGCAUGCGAGUAUCCGUGCCCACGUGUACAGGCAUCUGUAUCUCUGUGUGCAUGCGCGUGUGCGCGAGUGUCUGUAUGGACGUGUGCGUGUGUGUCGGGGCCGGCGCGGGGGCACCGGGAGUGUCUGGGCAGGCACUGAGGGCGGCGCUGUGCCCGCAGCCGGCAGCCGCGUGAGCCAGGAGCUGCGCUACACGCGGGAGAAGCUGGGCGAGGAGGCGGCGUACACGGCACAGAUGCUGAUCCAGACUGCGCGCCCGGCUGGCGCCAACCUGCUCACGCCCGACGCGCUGCGCCUGCACCUCCGCGCCACGCUGGCCGCCAGCAAGGUCCGCGUCUCGCUCUAUGGCAAGUCGUGGGACCUGAACAAGCUCUGCUACAAGUCGGGCGUCCCCGUCAUCGAGAACGGCAUGAUUGAGCGGAUGAUCGAGAAGCUCUUCCCCUGCAUGAUCCUGACGCCCCUCGACUGCUUCUGGGAAGGCGCCAAGCUGCAGGGGGGCUCCGCCUACCUCCCGGGCCGCCCCGACAUCUGCUGGAGCAACCUGGACCCACGGCAGCUGAUGGAGGAGCUGGGGCAGUUCACGCCGCUCGAGGGCUUCCGGGAGCUGCUGGAGAAGGCGGAGGUGGGGCAGGCCUACAUGGGGCGGCCCUGCCUGCAGCCCACCGACCCCCAGUGCCCGCCCAGCGCCCCCAACCGCCGCACCCAGCAGAGCCCUGACGUGGCAGCCGAGCUGGCCGGUGGCUGCCACGGCUUCUCCCGCAAGUUCAUGCGGUGGCACGAGGAGCUGAUCCUGGGCGGUGCUACCAGGGACCCGCAGGGCCGGCUGCAGAGCGCCGAGGCCCUGCAGAGCAUGUUCCUGCUGAUGAGCCGGCGGCAGCUGUACGAGCACUUCAAGGACGACUACGAGAUCCACGACCUCAACUGGAGCGAGGAGAAGGCAGGCGCCAUCCUGGAGGCCUGGCAGCGGGCCUUUGUGGAGGUGGCGCAGGCCGCGGUCCCGGGGAACAGCUCGCAGGUGGUCCACGCCUUCUCCAGCGCCACGCUGAGUGACAUCAUGAAGUCCUUCUCCGAUGUCAGCGCCGUGCGCGUGUGGGCACUUGGCGUGGUAGCUCAACAGGAUGGGAGGCGGGCUGUCUCCUAUGCUAAGCAGCGUGGGCUUAGGGCAGCGCUUGGAUGGGUGACUGGUGGGAGGGGUGCAUGCCUGGCCCCGGUGCUGGGCACCCCCUUGGGGGCCACAUUUUGGGUGCUGAAUCCUGGGUCCUGGCAGGUGCUGCCCUUCCUGGCGCUGGGCAUCGGUGUGGAUGACAUGUUCCUGCUGGCGCAUGCCUUCCCCAAGGCCGGUCCCCACGUCCCCUUCAAGGAGCGGACAGGCGAAUGCCUGCGGCGCACGGGCACCAGCGUGGCCCUGACGUCCCUCAGCAACAUGAUCGCCUUCCUCAUGGCCGCCCUGGUGCCCAUCCCCGCCCUGCGCGCCUUCUCCCUGCAGGCAGCCGUGGUCGUGGCGUCCAACUUCGCCAUGGUGCUGCUCGUCUUCCCGGCCGUGCUCAGCCUCGACCUGCACCGACGACGGCGCCGCCGGCUCGACGUGCUCUGCUGCUUCGCCAGCCCCUGCACCUCGCGCGUCCUCCAGCUGCCGCCACAGGAGCCAGGGGGGGCGCCAGCCACGGGGGGCCCGGUGCAAGCCCUGGCCCGGUGCGACACCGCAGGGCAGCACGUGGUCACAGUCCUGCCACCCACGCCCGCCAGCUCCACCCGCAACCUGCUGGCCCAGCUGGAUGAGGCCUCGGGGGCGCCCGCCUGCCUGCCUCUGCCAGCCUGCCACUGGGACCUGGCCCACUUCGCCCGCCGCAAGUAUGCGCCACUGCUGCUGCGGGCGCACAGCAAGGGCGUGGUGGCACUGCUGUUCGUGGGGCUGCUGGGGCUGAGCCUGUACGGCGCGACGCAGGUGCGGGACGGGCUGGCGCUGACAGACGUGGUGCCGCGAGGCACGGCUGCCCAUGCCUUCCUGGCAGCACAAGCCCGCUACUUCUCCUCCUACCAUGCCUUCGUGGUCACCACCGGCGGCUUCCACUACCCCGGCUCCCAGGCCGCGCUGCUGGGCCUGCACCAUGCCCUGGGCACCCUGCGCCACGUGGUGCGAGGGCCCGACCGCCAGCUACCGCGCAUGUGGCUGCACUACUUCCAGGACUGGCUGCGGGGGCUCCAGGUUGCCUUCGACCGGGAGUGGGCGUCUGGGCGCAUCACCCGCGACAGCUACCGCAACGGCUCAGAGGAUGGUGCGCUGGCGUAUAAGCUGCUCAUCCAGACGGGCAACCCGCAGCAACCCCUCGACUACGACCAGCUGACAACACGGCGCCUGGUGGACGCGGAUGGGUUGGUGCCACCUGACACCUUCUACAUCAGCCUGACGGUCUGGGCCAGCAAUGAUCCGCUGGGGCUGGCAGCCUCUCAGGCCAACUUCUACCCGCCGCCGCCGGAGUGGGUGCACGACAAGUACGACGCCACUGGCGAGAAUCCACCUGACACCUUCUACAUCAGCCUGACGGUCUGGGCCAGCAAUGAUCCGCUGGGGCUGGCAGCCUCUCAGGCCAACUUCUACCCGCCGCCGCCGGAGUGGGUGCACGACAAGUACGACGCCACUGGCGAGAAUCUGCGCAUCCCGGCGGCGCAGCCCCUGGAGUUCGCACAGGUGCCCUUCUAUCUGAGCGGGCUGCGGCACACGGCCGACUUUGUGGAGGCCAUCGAGGGCGUGCGGGCCGUGUGCGAGGAAGCGGCACGGCGCCACGGCGUGCGCAGCUACCCCAGCGGCGACCCCUUCCUCUUCUGGGAGCAGUACCUGGGCCUGCGGCGCUGGCUGCUGCUGGCGCUCAGCAUCGCGCUGGCCUGCACCUUCCUGGUCUGCGCCCUGCUGCUGCUCAACCCCUGGACGGCCGGCAUCAUCGUGCUGGUGCUGGCCAUGAUGACAGUGGAGCUGUUCGGGCUGAUGGGGCUGAUGGGCAUCAAGCUGAGCGCCGUGCCCGUCGUCAUCCUUAUUGCCUCCGUGGGCAUCGGUGUUGAGUUCACCGUCCAUGUUGCACUGGGCUUUCUGACGGCUGUGGGUAGUCGGGACCGGCGCUCGGCGCUGGCGCUGGAGCACGUCUUCGCACCCGUGCUGGACGGCGGCAUCUCCACCCUGCUCGGCGUCCUCAUGCUUGCCGGCUCUGAGUUUGACUUCAUCAUGAGGUACUUCUUCUCCGUGCUGUCUGUCCUCACCGUGCUGGGGCUCCUCAACGGGCUGGUGCUGCUGCCCGUCCUGCUCUCGGUCAUCGGACCCCCCGCCGAGGUCCCUCCAAUAGAUAACAGCAGCCGCUUGCCGUCGCCGGAGCCCCUUCCGCCGCCCAUUGCCCACCACGGCUUCUAUGUGGGGCACCCACCAGCCUGGCACAGCCCUGACACGGCCCCCGAGACCCCCACAGGCGCAGGGCCUGGCGACGAUGACUCCUCCAGCAGCGCCCAGGCCUGCAUCCUGCUCCAGGCCGGCAAGGACCCCCGCUUUCCCUGCAUCACCGUGGUGAAAGCCUUCGAGGUGGGGCCAGAGCCCCUGGGACAGGAGCCCACAGCCGGAGACCGGCCGCCCCGCGCCCGCCCCACAGCCCUACCACCCACCUACGCCACGGUGACAGCCACAGCCUCGGUGACGUUGGCACUGCACCCCGGCCUGCCUGGCGCCGCCCGCGGCUAUGCCCACGCUGCCUUCGAGGACAGUGAGUCCGACGGCCACGAGGACCUGCCUGGCGCUCAGCACACCCGCCAUGGGUGCCACGCCACUGCCACGUGCCGCUAGGCUGCCCCACGGGACCAGGAGGCCCCUGAAGAUGUGCCACGGCGUGACAUGGUGCAGCACACUACGAUGUGCCACGUUUGCUGUGCCAGGACGUGACCUUUCGUAUCAUGAUGUGCCACGUGUGCCAGGCCGUGCCCUGGCGUCCCACUGGCUGGGCCGGGGAGCGUGGGUGCCAGGAGCCGUGGGCAGGGCUGGGGGUGCCCAGUGGGGUGGGGGGUGCCAGCACCCCCA